AUGAUAUAUACGUCACUUCAAGUCACUCGCUUCCGACGCACAUUGUUGGGUCCAGAAAUUGACAACGAUUGGCACACAUUUCAGUGUUCCUACAUGGCGAAUGGAUGUAGAGACGUGUUAUUUACCCGUGGAACUGGGCAGAGUGAUGAUUCGGAUAUUUGGGAUGAUACCGCACUGAUAAAAGCCUACGACAAGGCAGUUGCAUCAUUCAAGACUGCCCUGAAGGGUGAAGAUGAACCUCAAGCUCCUAAGAAAAACCUACCAGGAAAAAAACGGAAGAACAACAAAAAGAACCAGAAUGGGAAAAGAAACAAUGUAGCCCCAGAGAAAGAGUGGCAGGUUGGAGACUCCUGCUGUGCUUAUUGGUCUGAGGAUGGUCAGCUUUAUGCAGCCACCAUCUCCUUCAUAGACCAGAAGAAGGGCACUUGUACUGUUGUGUAUUCUGAGUAUGGCAAUGAGGAGGAGCAGAACCUUGAAGACUUGCUAUCAGAGUUUUCUGAGUCUGGUGAAGAAACACAUACCAAGGUAAAUGUGGAAGAAUCCUCAACAGAAGAAAGCGAUCGGUCGACUACAUCAAACCAACAGAAACCCCAGCCACACAGUAAAGCCCAGAAGUCCAAGUCUCACAAAGAACCACCUCCUGUGUGGCCUCCUGCUUUCCCUGGAUUCCCGCCCGGUCCUCCUCCCAUGCACAGUUUCAGACAGGGGAAAAGCAGGCAGGCUGGUGGUCAUGGACCUGUUCCUCCUCCAUGGCCUCCCAUGAUGUCUUUUGGUCCGCCUAUGAUCCCUCCACCUCCACCCAUGAGUCCUGACAUGGUGGAUGAUGAAGCCUUGGGUAGUGUGCUCAUAUCCUGGUACAUGAGCGGAUAUCACACAGGAUACUACCUGGGAUUGAAACAAGGACGCAAAGAAGCUGGCAAGUGGACAAAAACACACAAAAAAUGAGACGCAGAACUUUGACGUUGGUUUGAGACGCUUGUUACACGAACCAGGAGCCGUCACAUUAAAUUCGUUGAUCCGUUUAAUAAAUAAAAAUUUUGUAUUCCUUGUAAAUGGAUAAAAUAAAGGUUGUCAAACAAA